ACCGAAUGGCUCUGUUGUGUAGGUUUGCGCGAGACCACCGCUCGGUCCCGACUGCUGAACGUUAAACCCGGAUAUUCUGUUGUUGUUGUUGUUGUUGUUGUUGUUUGUUGUUGUUGUUUGUUGUUGAGAUUUGUCGGUUGUUGAUGUGGAGGCGCUGCUCAGUGGCCCGAGGCACCGCGCGGAUACAAUUCAUUUCCGUGUUUUGUUAAAUGUUAGCUCAGGAUUUCAGACGUUGCUACUUUACAAAAAUGAAAUGUAGCUAAUUUUUUUUUAACACGCUCCUUCGACUUCCGGUUUCAACCGGAAAUACAUUUAACCGGCACUUUAACGGGGCCAUUAAUAAUCCACAGGUAACAAAAACUGCUAGUUUGCAGCAGACAUGGUCCGGCGCUGCAUUUUUGGCUGCUCUUCUCCCCGCACGUUGUUUGCUUUCCCGACCGAUCCUUGGUUGCGAAAGAGAUGGCUGGAAUUUGCUCAUCUUGAAGAGAGCGGUAUUCGUUCGAGUUCUCGAAUAUGUGACAGACACUUUUCGGAAGACUCCUUCAACAACUUGGGGCUGUUUAACGCCGGGAUAACUUGUUACCUCAGGUUGAUCGAGAACGCAGUUCCGUCUUUGUACACAGUCGGCGCUGCUCCAUCAGUAACACCGUCGAUCAGAAGUAUCGGAUGCCAGUACGAAAAGGUGCGCAACACCGCCAACAUAAGCGUGCAAGUCAAUCCGCCGAAAAUCUACAGACGGAGUAAAGCGAUUCAAGUUUGGACAGUCCGGCGGAGCGCAGACUCGGACGUGGACUCGGACGUGGACUUGGACUCGGAGAGCUAUGAAGGCAUUUCACAGACAGCAAGAGGUCGUGAGAAGACUCCCGCAACAGCCCAAGAACUUUCUCUUCGUGGGAGCUGUGUCUCAGAAGACGACCCGUCAGCGCCGGUGGAGAUUGAGCUCGAAUUAACAAGCAGCAUGAUGGAUAAACCAUCGGUGGGUUCACAGGGAUGUGGAAAAGAUCUGAGGUCGUCCGCUUUAGAUGAGGACGGAUACAGCAGCUUACCUGAGAGCAGUUACGCGAUCUUGAGCAAGGAGGUGUUGGUGCUUCUGAUGUUCCGCUGUUUGGAGUGCUCCAGCGAGUGCCGCAUUCGAGGAAUAGGCAAAGGAGGGAGUCUGUCUCUCGGACAAGAAUGUCUGUCCUGCUCUAACUACAGACUGUGGACCUCUAGACAAGCCGAGAAGCCGAAAGAGAAGGUGGCUGAUGUGCCUGUAAUCACGCCGUAUGAAGACGUGUCCACUCAGGAGUCUGACAACUCUUCAGUAUCCGCAACUCUGCACUCAGGACCCAGUUUGGUCGAGUGUAAAAAUGCUGCCGCGCAAGAGGAGACCGACGCCGAGGCUAUUUCAAGCGUUAUAGUGAAAGAGGAACCGGAAGACUGCGACGAGGUGGUGAAGGUGGAGCAGCCGAGCCUCCUCAUGGAGACACAUGAGGAUUAUGCUUCCGCUGCUACAGGAGAGGAUGGAGAUGGGAAUCGCGAUGAAGUUGUGACUGUUAAAAACGAGAUAGAUGAGCUGGCUCACCUCGAGGCUCUUGCUUUUCAGACCGAGCAGCAAACGCUGCUGAUCGACGAGACGGGUCGAGUGAGACGCGCCGAGCUACCGAGAGACGACGACGACGACGAUGAUGACGAUGACGAUGACGAAGAGGAUUUAGAAGAGAAUUCGGAAGCUGACGAGGAUUCAAGCUCGUUUGAUCCGUCGGAGGAUUUGGGCGAGGAAUCUUCUGAUUUGGAUAACGGCAGAAAGCUCAUGGUGCUGAAACCGUUUCAGAACACCAUCAAACCGAUUAUUUGGUGUACAGACUGUACAGACGUAGCCAAGAUGAUCUGUACGAUUCGGAGGCACAAAAGGAUCUACGGUUGCGCAGAGUGCGGCGUCGGUGACCCCGCGUAUGAAAACAGCACUUUUAAAGACUUCUCUGUUCAUUUCAGCGACAUAACAAGUUUUCAUAAACAUGCCAUGAAGGAGCACGGUGCAAAAGAAAUCCCUCCCGAAAACAGAGUGUGUGAGGAUUGCCAUAAAACCAUCAGGAUGCCGACAAACCCUAACAAAAAGCCGCGAGAACACGUGUGCGAGUACAAGAUCAAGCCGUUUGCGUGUCACUUGUGUCGCAAGCGCUUUUUUACAGAAACCGGCCAAAAAGUGCACUACCGUCGACUUCACGGAGACUACACGCAUUUUUGUAAAUACUGCAUGACGCCAUUUGACACGAAAGAGUCCAAGCUGAAGCACGAGACGACUCACAGCGAAGAGCCGCUGCCUUACAUCUGUCCGGACUGCCCGGAGAAGUUCCAAGACUUCGUCGCGCGCAAUCAACACCUACGGAGCCACCGAGGAGAAAAGAAACACAUCUGCGACAAGUGCCACCGGAGAUUCGGCGAUCUCGCCAGCUACGACAGACACAUGCGGAUACACUCGGGAGAGAAACCGUACACGUGCAACGUCUGCGAACGUUCCUUCACGCAGGCCGGACACCUCAAGUCGCACAUGCGCCUGCACACGGGCGAGAGGCCGUUCAUGUGCGAGCAGUGCGGGAAGUGUUUCAAUCACAACGUCAGCCUCAAGAACCACCUGCAGAAGCAUCACUGCGGCGACGGCACUCCGGCGGAAGAGGACCAGCAGACGGCCGACCCCUCCAGUACGGCGAAACGGGCUAGAAAGCGAGCGAGGAAAAGCUCCGCUUCGUACGCCGAGGACGUCAAGGAGGACAGAGGGUUGGAAUGUCGCUCUGAGAGCGAGACGUCCGAUUCUGAUGAAGAGUGGACGAAAAGAGGAAGGAAGAAGAAAGCUAGGAGGAAGAGACGAGGGGAAAAAAACGCAGAUGAUGACGAGCGUGGCGAAUGAGCAUCACAGACUGCAGUAUUUAUUCUUUUCACAACAAUUCCUAAGUUCACCCUUAUCGCAAUAAAGCUGCUGUCCGUGAGGAUGAAGGCUGAAGCGGCGGUCACACUAGAUGCAAAAGAACCCUUUCAUUCAAGAUUCAAGAAAAGUGUUUGCUUCUGGUACUGGUUAAUUUUCAUAUCCACCUCCUCAUAUUUCAUUCUGCAUCAAAUUUAUGUAGAUGAAGUUUAAUUUAAUAAUUUAAUAGAAAACAAGCACGGGGGUGGAGUCUCAACAUGUAACAACUCUAGGUGUAUUAUUAUUAUUGCUAAAACUAAACUUUUUUGGCUUCUCAGUCAACGUAAUAUCUGUCAUGUUUAACGUUAUCUGUUCACUGAAACACUACUUUCCCCUCCAGAAACACGUCACACCAAAAACCACACCAUUUUUGCUCCACCAUGGCGAAGAAGAGCGACGUGACCGCUGCUUAACGCAUGCUUCCUCUGUCUAUACACCGAAACCAUGGACAGCUGUGCCACUCGGGUGUUUCUUGGUACCUCACAUUCCUGUCUCGUUAUUCUAUAAAAGACUCGCAGUACUGAAGGUGAAAGAAGACAUGGAUGAGCUGUUGCUUUGUACAGUUACACAAUAAAACUGCUGGAUAUAACAAUUUGUAUUUGA